AUGAACGACUGCUACUACGACAAGAAGGACUGGCGAGCUUGCAAAGCCGAAAUGGAGGCUUUCAGACAAUGUUGGAAGCGGAAGGGCAACGAGGAACGCACACAAAGCAGGGAAGCGUCGUCAGGAAAGUAA